GCGAUAGAGCGGCUUUGGUGGGCACCUGGUGCCCAGCCAGGGUCAACCCACCGCAGUCCUUUUUGGCGCCCAUGAACCCACAACCCUGGGAUUAAGAGUCCUGUGGCGGGCACCCGUAAACCACCUGACUGCGAGGAUCCACCUCCGCCGAGGACCCCAAAUCCCUGACGCAGGGUCACCUGGUCGAUCCUCAAGGUCCGUGCUGGCCCCGUUCCUCCAAAAUCCCUUCGGCCCUAAUACACAACCCCCACCCUCGCCUGCUACAAUUCCUAAAUCCCACGGACGGGCUUCUCCCAGAUCCAGGGAUCCCAAAUCACCUGGGUUUAGGGGUGCCUAAACCCCCUGGGACAGAGCCUCACCCCCAGCCAAAAAACCCAAACAAACCCCAGGGGCCCGAACGAGGGCUCCAUUCAUACUGCAGGCGGGGAGGGGCGGGGCUAGGGAUGUGGCGCGGAGCGGUGGCGCGGGUGUUGCGGAGCGGCGGAACCGGGAAUUCCCGGUUCGUUUCGGGAACGGCGGCGGUGGUUGAGUUCCGCCGACGUUUGGAGAGGGAAUUAGAGGACAUCCGAGGUGCCGGGACUUGGAAAAGCGAGCGGAUUAUCUCUUCCCGUCAAGGCCCUCAUCUCCGUUUGGAGGGCGGUGGAACCGGGAUCCUCAAUUUUUGCGCCAAUAACUACCUGGGUCUCUCCAGCCACCCCGAGGUGAUCCGUGCUGCCGUGGAGGCCCUCGAGAAAUUCGGUGCUGGGCUCAGCUCCGUCCGGUUCAUCUGCGGUACCCAGAGCAUACACAAGGACCUGGAGGAGAAGAUCGCACGUUUCCAUCAGCGGGAAGAUGCCAUUCUUUACGCCAGCUGCUUUGAUGCCAACGCUGGUAUCUUUGAGGCCCUGCUGACCCCGGAGGAUGCGGUGCUGUCGGAUGAGCUGAACCACGCCUCCAUCAUCGAUGGGAUCCGCCUGUGCAAGGCUAACAAGUACCGCUACAAACACAUGGACAUGCAGGACCUGGAGGCCAAGCUGCAGGACGCGCAGAAACAUCGUCUGCGGCUGGUGGCCACCGACGGUGCCUUCUCCAUGGAUGGUGACAUCGCACCCCUGAGGGAGAUCUGCCAGCUGGCCCAGAAGUACGAUGCCCUGGUCUUCAUUGACGAAUGCCAUGCCACAGGCUUCCUGGGACCCAGUGGCCGGGGUACCGAUGAGCUCCUAGGAGUGAUGGACAAAGUCACCAUCAUCAACUCCACCCUGGGAAAAGCUCUUGGAGGAGCUGCAGGUGGGUACACAACUGGCCCCAAACCCCUCAUCGAUUUGCUCCGCCAGCGCUCCCGCCCGUACCUCUUCUCCAACAGCCUGCCUCCCGCCGUGGUGGGCUGCGCGUCCAAGGCCCUCGACCUCCUCAUGGAGAGCAAUGCCAUUGCACAGUCCAUGGCUGCCAAGACCCAGCGGUUCAGAAGCAAGAUGACAGCAGCCGGCUUCACCAUCUCAGGGAAAGACCACCCCAUCUGUCCCGUCAUGCUUGGGGACGCUCGGCUGGCUGCAGUGAUGGCUGAGGACAUGCUGAACAGAGGCAUUUAUGUCAUUGGCUUCAGCUACCCCGUGGUCCCCAAGGGAAAGGCUCGGAUCCGGGUCCAGAUCUCGGCCGUUCACAGCGACGAGGACAUCGACCGCUGCGUGGAAGCCUUCACCGAGGUGGGACGGAAACACGGAGCACUGCCUUGAGGGGCCAGCGAACUCCUCCUCCGGCACCAUCCCUGCCCAUGCCUGUGCCUGGGGGAAACAGCUUUAGCAGCACGCUGCUGGAAGCAGGACCGGUCCUCAAGGCAUCGCAGCCUGCGGGAAGCUGUGGCCGUUCCAGCACACUGGCAGCAGUGCUGGCAACCAGCUCUUGUGUCAUUAAAGGUGUCCUGCAGUGCA